CUAUUAAAAGAUUAUUUAGAAACACGAUAAGCAGUGACUACGUGUACUUUCUUAAUUAUAUUGUUUAAUUAGAGUAGAUCAACUGUGGAUUCCUUCAUAUAGAAUAUUGUAUUUGUUGGAAUAAUGAAUCAUUCGCCCGCAGUAGUAUCAAGGAGAUCUGUUGGUUACAAAAGUUUAAUAACGUUCACAGUACUUUUGAUUGCGUGGCUUGCCGGUUUUUCUUCACGUUUAUUCGCAGUGAUUCGAUUUGAAUCUAUUAUUCAUGAGUUCGAUCCAUGGUUUAAUUACCGCGCUACAGGGUAUAUGGUGCAACAUGGAUUUUAUAAAUUUUUGAAUUGGUUUGAUGAACGAGCCUGGUAUCCUUUGGGAAGAAUUGUUGGUGGAACGGUAUAUCCAGGACUUAUGAUAACUUCUGGUUGCAUACACUACAUUUUACAUACCUUGAAUAUACCGAUACAUAUACGUGAUAUUUGCGUUUUUUUGGCACCGAUUUUUAGUGGAUUAACAUCGAUUUCAACCUAUUUGCUUACUAGUGAAUUAUGGUCCCGAGGAGCAGGGCUUUUUGCUGCAAGUUUUAUAGCUAUUGUUCCUGGUUAUAUAAGCCGUUCAGUAGCAGGCUCUUACGACAACGAAGGAAUUGCCAUAUUUGCACUACAAUUUACAUAUUUCUUAUGGGUACGUUCAUUGAAAACUGGAUCCGUUUUUUGGUCGGCUGGAGCAGCACUAUCUUAUUUUUACAUGGUGUCGGCAUGGGGAGGAUAUGUAUUUAUUACUAACUUAAUACCACUUCACGUAUUUGUCCUGCUUCUAAUGGGUCGGUACUCUGAGAGGAUUCUAACCAGCUAUUCGACGUUCUACAUUUUGGGACUACUAUUAUCGAUGCAAAUACCGUUUGUAGGUUUUCAACCUAUACGAACAAGUGAGCACAUGGCCGCUCUGGGAAUAUUUGUACUUUUGCUUAUUAUCGCAGUCCUUCGUCACUUACAAAGUGUAUUAUCUCGAAGUGAAUAUCGCAAAAUAUAUCUCUUUGGAGUCAUAGCGGCCGCAGUUAUAGUAUUUACUGGUGUAGUUGUUCUUACAGUAUUGGGUGUUAUUGCUCCGUGGAGUGGUCGAUUUUAUUCAUUAUGGGAUACUGGAUAUGCUAAAAUACAUAUCCCUAUUAUUGCCUCGGUAUCGGAACAUCAACCGACUACAUGGUUUUCUUUUUUCUUCGAUUUGCAUAUACUCGCUUGUUCGUUUCCAGUUGGAAUUUGGUAUUGCAUAAAGAAUGUUAAUGAUGAACGUGUUUUCGUUAUACUUUAUGCCAUCAGUGCUGUAUAUUUUGCCGGUGUUAUGGUGCGAUUAAUGCUAACUCUUACUCCAGUCGUGUGCAUUCUUGCUGGGAUUGCAUUUUCUAAUUUGUUUGAAGUAUUUCUCAAAGAAGACAGCAAUUCAAAUACAUUUGCUCACAAAACUAUAACCUAUGUGGAUGAUCGCGAUGAUAAUUCAAUGGAGAAAAAAAAUCUGUAUGACAAAGCUGGAAAAGUUAAAUUUCGUCCGAAACAUGAUUCUUUACAUGAGACCCGAAGCGGAAUAGGUUCCAACCUGAAAAGCGUUAUUAUCCUUGCUAUUUUAAUGAUAUUGAUGAUGUUUGCAGUGCAUUGUACGUGGGUUACAAGUAACGCUUAUUCGAGUCCAUCGAUUGUUCUAGCCUUCCAUAACAACCAGGACGGUUCACGUAAUAUAUUGGAUGACUUCCGGGAAGCUUAUUAUUGGCUUUCCCAAAAUACUGAUGAUAAUGCCCGUAUUAUGUCAUGGUGGGACUAUGGUUAUCAAAUUGCUGGAAUGGCAAACAGAACUACAUUGGUUGACAAUAACACUUGGAAUAAUAGUCAUAUAGCAUUAGUUGGAAAAGCUAUGUCAUCUACGGAGGAAAAAUCAUAUGAAAUUAUGACUUCUUUAGAUGUGGAUUAUGUUCUCGUUAUAUUCGGUGGAGUUAUUGGUUAUUCUGGUGAUGAUAUUAAUAAGUUUUUGUGGAUGGUUCGAAUCGCUGAGGGUGAGCAUCCCAAAGACAUUAAAGAAAGUGAUUACUUUACGGACAGGGGAGAGUUUCGUAUAGAUUCCGAAGGUGCUCCUGCUCUUCUUAACUGUCUCAUGUAUAAACUAAGUUACUAUCGAUUCGGAGAAUUGAAGCUUGAUUACAGGGGUCCUGCAGGAUACGAUCGAACAAGGAACGCAAUUAUAGGAAACAAAGAUUUUGAACUUACUUAUCUUGAGGAAGCUUAUACUACUGAACAUUGGUUAGUACGCAUCUACCGCGUAAAAAAACCAAAUGAAUUCAAUCGACCUUCAUUAAAGCUCAGUGAAAGAAUACUAACACCAACCAAUUAUAUCACUAAAAAGAAUCCUAAACGCCGUAAAGGAUACAUAAAAAGUCGACCAACUGUUAUCAAAGGAAAAAGAACCAAAAAAUUACAAUAAUAUAGGCUAAAAACUAAAACCUUUACAUUUAACAUGCGACAAGCUCUUAUUUUCGGCUAAAUAUCACAUGUCAUCAUACAUGAACAUUAUAUAUCUUUCGCUAUGUUAAUAAAAAUCUAUUAUUUUUAUUAAUUCAAUGUUUUGUAACAAGAGCUAGUUAAAACAUAUAACAUGUUUCCUUAAAUACCAUAAAUUACAAGACGACUACACCAUACUCAUACUCGUAAGGAUAAGGGUAAUAUAUUGCAGAUAUUAAACGA